CAGUAACCUUACAUACUACGGAUACCUAGUUUCGAAUCUGAGUCGGGUCGGACCGUGAGCUACAGGCGAGGUAAUAAAAGGGCUGACAUAAAUCCCCUCCCUGUCGUUCUUGGUGGUCAGUCACGUACCUCCACUUCAUCUCAUAUCAGCCAAGUCUCUCUAGUCUCGACCGGAUCGAGGGCCGACGAUCUGGAUGAUGAAUCGGUAUCGAAAUGCCCCCGGGCUAAGAGGCCCUAGCAAGGCCACAGCCAGCACCCUGUGCCAAAAAUGCUUGCAACGAGGGCACUACAGCUAUGAAUGUAAAGCCACCGCGCAGGAGCGGCCUUACAUGUCUCGCCCAUCGCGCACGCAGCAGUUACAGAACCCAAAGCUGCGACCGCAAUUAACGAAUGAUGCUUAUAAGGAUGCCUUACGCACGCAGGAGUCUAAUGAUGCGUCUUUGACCAGGCAUGAGGAAGAAAGAGGCCGCAAGAGAGAUUUAGACCAGGUGGAACCGUUAUACAGCCCAGCUCACCUGUCAAAGCGAGCACGCUCGGCUUCUUCACAUUCAGCAAGCUCUGUAUCGACAAUUUCGACAAAUCGGUCGCACUCCCGGUCGCCUCCCCGCCGCAACGAGCGGACAAGAUCAGUGUCCUCUCGUCCUUCUGGUCACAGAAAGAGGCGCUAUAGUGAUGCAUCUUCCGCUCACUCCGUUGCUUCUUACACCUCGGGAGCAAGAGGUUCCCGGUCCAGGUCGCGUGAGUGGUCAGAUGACAGAAAUACCCGACGGAGACGGCGCGCUUCGAGUCCAGACGAACGAGGACGUUCCAGGAACAUGUCGCGAGAUGGUGGACGAAGGGAUCGGUCUAGAAGCCACAGUGUGGAUCGCAGUCGAAUGGCCAAGAGCAGAAGAUCGGUGAGUCCCUCGCUGGCGACUGGGAGCGACCACCCAGCUUCAAGCCACCGCAAGGCGCAAUCCCGUGCGGAGCCUGUGAGCAGUGGCGGCGGACGUGGCCCCGGUCAGGGUGUUCCUCCGCCCCGGCGGGAAAGAAGUCUCAGUCCCUACAGCAAGCGCAUUGCACUAACCCAGGCAAUGAACCUGGGACGUUAGGGUGCUUGUGGGUUUUGGAUAGAGCAAAAGUCAUUGGGGAAUUUGCGCCGGCGUAUUGGCGUUCUAGCCUCCUAUUAUUAUUAUUGGGACAUUGUAUGAUAGGGUUGCAAAAUCAUUGAGAG